AUGGAGACACGUGCAGGGAAGCCAGGUAGGCAAGGGCCGGUGGACGGGAGCGCAGCCAGAGAGGGUGGCAAGGGGGCAAAAGAAGCACGCAUCAGGGAAGUUCACAGGGGCGAGCGGCAGGAAGCGCAGCAGGGAGAGCGGAAAGGGAAAGAGAGCGGCGGCGCGGAAACCUGGCGCGGAGGGGGCGCAGAGGCGGGCAGCGGAGCCAACCAAAGAAGGGGGGAUGCGAGCGCGAGGGAAAAGGGCGCGCAGAUAGCCAGGGGCCACCAGAGGAGGGCAGCGCGCAAGAAAGAGAGGGCACGGCCCUUAGGGGGGGAGGGGGAGUGGGGCCAGCCACAAAACCCCGAAGGGGGGCUGAGCGACGGCAAGGCCAAGCGCCAGGGCCCGGGCCCAGGGGGAGAAGGGGGGCCACGGAGAACAGGGGAGACCAGAAUGGAGGGAAGGAGGCGGGGGCGGAGGCAAGAAAUAGUGGAGGACAGCGGCGGGCGGAGCAAAAGCGGCGGGCGGAGGGACGGGCGCCUGGGCGGCGGGAGCAAUCGAGGCGACGACAGGGGGCAGCCGAGGCCGGAGGGCGAAGCGAGGCGGGGGGCCAAGCCAGGGAUGCGGAGGGGCGGAGACCAGAGGACAAAAAAAGAGAAGGCAGUAAAGGAGACAAGUUGA